UUUCGAAAUCAAGUUUGCCGCUUCUGUGUCGCUCCGGUGAUCCGCACAGAAAGGUGCACGCGCGCAUUCAACACGGUUGUGUGGCCCUCGAUCCGAGGUUCUUGUGUGAUUUUGUGGAUUUAUACGAUCGGAAACGGAACGGAUUUGCUUGAGCCCCAGAGACCCAGAGGUGCUGAGCCAUAAAGCCGUCGGUAUUUUAUUAAAUUGUGAUCGCCAAUUGGCUUUGCUCUCGUCGGGCCAUAAGUUAUUACUUAACACGAUAGGUUGUGCGUCAUUCGGGCCAUUUGAUUUGCAAAUUAUAGCCGAGCUUUUCUGAAAAAGAAACCCCAUAAAUCUUGAUUUAAUCAAAGUGAUGAAUAUGCAAUGAUUCUAUGAAUACCUAUGUAAAGGCCAAUACAAAGAUUAGGCAAUAAUCAAAGCGAAAAGUGUGCAAUAGAAGCCCCACAUUGGAUCUAAUAAUAUAAGUAAAUAGUCUUACACAUACCUAAAUAAAUAAAAUAAAUACAAGUUAUUCAUAAAGUGUCAAACAUUGUGGCGGAUCGAAGUGAAUUAUUAAAUAAUCAUUUAUGCCAAAUGCUAUUGGAGCUAGCUCUAUAACCAAAUGGAUAUCGCAAAUUGAAUCUUUCGAGCAGAGAGAAUUGGUAACAAAUAUUUGCAAACGUGCGAUCGACGAUAUGUAUGCGGAUAAUAAACGUGGCCUAGACAAGGUGACGGCAGCAACCCCGCCCACCCACGCCCUCCAGCAGCAGCAGCAGCAGCAACAUCCCCACCAGCAGCAGCAGCAUCUGCAGCAUGUCCUGCAACUGCAGCAGCAACAGCAGCAACACCUUCAGCAGCAGCAACAUCACUUGCAGCACCAGAUGCAUACGCAUCAUAACUUCCAGCAGCAUGAAACGUCGCCAACAGUGUCGCAGCAGCAGCACAUGCAACAGCAGCAGCCGCAGACGACACAACAGCAACAUGCAACACAGCAACAGCAGCAGCAACAGCAACAGACAGCCGGCAUGUUUACAAGAUUCGAUGCAAACAAAUCGACGAAGGGCGCCUCGAAGAUGCGACGCGAUCUCAUAAAUGCGGAGAUAGCCAAUCUGAGGGAUCUCCUGCCGCUGCCCCAAUCGACGCGCCAGCGCCUCUCGCAACUGCAACUGAUGGCCCUCGUUUGUGUCUAUGUGCGGAAAGCCAACUACUUCCAGCAAGUUUUCAAACGUCACAAUGCGAUGCAUCAUCUCCAUCAUCAGACAGCAACACCAAAUAUUGGCUUCUCAAAGGCACUCUCCGGCUUCUUGAUGAUGCUCACACAAAAUGGCAAAUUGCUUUAUAUAUCGGAUAAUGCUGCGGAGUACUUGGGCCAUUCCAUGGAGGAUCUGCUGAUACACGGUGACUCCGUUUACGAUAUCAUUGACAAACAGGAUCACGCAAACAUCCAGGCCGAGCUGAAUAGGAACGUGCCACCGCAGCCGGGUGGCUCGAGUCAGGCGAGCAGCGGUGGUGCCGGUGGUGCUGGCGGUGCCGGCGACUCAACGUCCAGCAAUGGAAGUGCCGCUGGUGCCGGUGGUGCUGGUGGCGCCUCCAGUCUCGAGGGCGAGCAUCGCAUGUUCCUCUGUCGCAUGAAUGUUAGCCGCAAUGCGCGACGGCAAAUGCGUUUCGGCGAUCAGAAGGUUGUCUUGGUCCAGGGUCACUAUUUGUCAUUCCUGCCGCUUUGCAGUCGCAACGAGCCCGUCUUUUUGGCCACCUGCACUCCGAUUGCCAUGCCCGAAACCAGGGAGUGUGUUGUACAAGGUGCCACCAACGUCUUCACCACCAUCCAUUCAAUGGACAUGAAAAUAGCCCAUAUCGAUAAAAAUGGCGAAUUUCAUUUGGGCUAUGAUAAGUCGACUCUGCAAGGCACAUCCUGGUACAAUCUGAUCCACAGCGAUAAUCUGACGGAGGCGCAAAAAAAACACAGUUUAAUUAUCCAAUCGGAACAAGAUCGCAGUUGUAUCCUUCUAGUACGAAUGCAGAGAUCUAGUGGGGAAUACACGUGGGUACACGUGGUUUUACAAGUGCGAGAUAGUCCCGACUCCACGCAACAACCUGUUAUCGUGUGCACAAACCAAGUACUCAACGAUCGAGAGGCCUCAAUUAUGCUGGCCAACUCCUGGCUGUAUCACUACUAUACCGUCCAGUCGAAGAUCCAGUUCGGCAUGCCGCUGGACAGUGGUAUCCGUGUCCCACCGGGAACUCCCUCCAGCGGCUACUACAGUCCCCAUUCAUCCCAUCCACCGGCCACUCCAGGUGGUGCAACACCCAAUUUGGGCAUAGCCAGUAGCUUUGGCCCGCACCAUCAUCCACACCACUCGCACCACCCGCACCACCAUCAUCACCAUCACCAUCCGGCGACUGCUUACCAUCACCAUCCGCAUAUGGGAACCUAUGGUGGAGUCUAUCAUGCGAAGGCAGCAAUCGAGCUUAAGGAGGAUCAACCGCUGUUUUGCUUUCAAGAGCCCGUGGACUAUAGCCAAGUAAAUAGCCACGUUAAUCCUCCGAAUGCAACAAGUACUCCCAAUCCGCCUAUCUCCAAAUCGUCCACGCCCCCACCGCCCAAGAAGCGGGCUCGAAAACUGGAACCACUCUACUUACACGCCGAACGCUCUCCGGCGGCGGCGAUAACUCCGGAACCGGAUUGCUAUGCCAUCCAUACUCAUCCGGCUGCUGCCUAUGCCACCUCAUCGGUGGUCAGUAGUGAUGCUUCAGUUAUAUAUGCCACAAUAGUGCCGACGAGACCGAGGUUACCCAAUAAAUCACUGCCUCCGGAUCCUGCGGAUUUUAUAGAGCAAUGGAACCCCAGUCCACCCUGGUCGGAAUCGGCGCAAAAGGCUUCGUUGGAUAGUUUUGGAUCCUCCCACGAGCUGAGUCCCUGCAUCACGACCACGCCCCCCACGCCCACAAGUGCUACACCGCAUCAAAGUGGCUUGGGCACCACCCAGACCAUAGGACCUGCUUUCAGUUUUGAAUGGAUGUCAGAUCCUUUGGUACCGGUCACGUACCAGCAGUGGCCACCAACUGGUGACCAUCAUCAGCAUCUUUCGCAGCACUUAAGCCAGAGUCAAAACCACCAAAAUCCCCUCCAGCAGCAGCAGAACGAGCAGCUUCUACUUGGACAACAGCCGCAUCUCCACCAGCAGCACCAGCACUUAGCACUUCAUCAUGGACGUGGGGAGCACUCCCUGGAGGGGGAAAGUCAGGGGGUGGUGGUAGUGCCACCGAUACCCAUUUCGAUACCGAUACCAACGGCCACGGGCCAUGGGGAUGCCGGCGAACCGGUUGAGGAUAGAGGUUAGUAUUAAGUGUGUAUUGUUUUUUAAGUUUCUGGCACGAUUUCCAAAAAACUGCGGCCAAUUGGCACUCGAUCGCUAAGUAAUUAAGGCCGCCAAAACAAAGCCGAGAACUAGUAAAAGGCAUCUUAAUUAUUGAUAAGCUAUAGGCUUCCGCCAAGCACAUGCCACGCUUAUGCUAAUGCCUCCUCCGCCCUUCAUCACAUACAUACAUACAUAUGUACAUGUAUCUUGCAGAUCCCAAAAAUUAGUGACCGACCAGCAAAGCUUGGAAAUACCCAGCGAUCAGAGAUCGGGGAUAGGAGAUGGGAGAUGGGAUAUCUGCCAUGGCGGCCAGGUGAUAAUCACACUUAAAUUAAUUGCCACUUGUCAUCUUAGCGUUUAAAUUAUUUUUAUCUAACGAAGGAAACGCAAAACACAUUCGUUUCCUCGAUACAACAGCUAAUUUAAGCGAUUCCCGUAUAGCCCUUUUGUUUUCCAAUUCCCAUUCUGUAUGUGCAAUCUUGAAAAAAACAAACACUUAAAAAUAAGUAUGAGUCUAUGAAAAUAGCGCUUGGAAAUUAGUUUUGCGAUUGGCCCGCAAAAUACAGAAACAGAAGCGAAAAAAAAAACAUAGGCCAUGCCAAGAGAGCUCUAUUAGUUGUAGCGUUUUCAUUAGCGACAUUUUUAUGGCGCGUGCUUAAAGUUUUUUACGAUCAUUCGUAUUUUUGUAUCUCGCGUUCUCGUAACUCCGCAGAUAUAUGUGCAUCUACAUUUAAAUCUAGGUUAAUUAUAUUACUUUAUUUUAUUUAUUAAACACUUAUUUAUACACAUAUUUAUUACUGUGCUUUCGUAUUUUGCCUAUUGAAUAAACAAACUUGUAAAGUAUAUUCGUUUGAAGG